UUUUGAGAUUUAUCAACUACAAUUGUUUUGCUGGUUAGACAUAUUCCAGUUUCUUGUUUCCCACAUACUAAUCUUCAGCUUAUUUAGCAGAACAGCUGGCAGUUGUCAAGAUUGUUGUUGUCUCUAGGAGUUAUCAAGGGAUACCUAGCACACAAACAUCGCCUAAGUGGUAGCUUGAUAUAACUCUAUCAUCCAUGUGCUGGAAAAGAGUGUCUCAUUGCAUUAAGAUAGGCUUUUCUUGGCUUGAAGAGGCAGAAGAGCUGUCAAUUUUCUUUUUGGUAGGAGGAGGCAUGCCACAAACAUCGCCUAGAAUAACUAAGUUGCCUGUUAGAUCUAGAUCCAACUCAGGUCCCUAUUCUCUACUUAUAUAUAUAUGAAACAAAAGCCAGAAAAAAAAGUAGUACAACUUGAGAACAUAGAAUUGGACCUUUCAAUUCAACAAGAAAAAACAAAUGGCUCCUCCCUCACCUUUGAGAUCAAAAACCACCCUAAAGCAUGCUCGUUCUAGCAGCUUUCCCUCUACAUCUCACCCUAUUAUAUCUCAAUUCGAUGAGCAACUGUCUAGACUUACAUCUUCUUCAGAGGCUACUUCUUCCUCCCUUUCAUCCUUCACUUGUAGAUUUGGUGAUCUUGAAAACUUAUUGGAUUACACGGAAGAUUUGCUUCAACUACCACAUGUUCAACAAGCCAUUUCACUGAACAUUGAUGAAUUAUUAGAGGGGUACCUCAAGGUAUUAGACAUUUGUUCCACCAUCAAAGAUCUUUUGUCGAAUGAAAAACAAAACAGACAAGACCUUCUUUCAGCUCUUCGUAGAAGACGGAAUAUGGAUGACAUUUCUGGCUAUCUAACCUCUAGAAGAAAGUCCAAGAAGAUGAUCCAAAAAGUUGUUAAAAGUUUGAAGAGCAUGAUCAAGGAAAAUAACUUGGCAUCAAAAAAGCCUGAAACAUCGGCUAUUGUUGGAGAAUUGCAGGAUGUCCAGUUAGUCACUCUAGGACUAUUUAAGGGCUUCUUGUGCUAUGUCAAUGGAACAAGAUCUCAAUCAAGUAGUUGGUCCUUGUUGUCCAAGAUUAUGCUCUCAAAAGGUGAGGAAGUAGAAGCCAAUGAAUUUGACAAUGUUGAUGCUGCUUUGUGCUCACUUAUCAGUCACAACAAGACCAGCAAAUAUGAAGAAUUGACGAGUCAGUUGCGAGAGAUGGAGGUAACCAUUGAGGUUGUUGAAGAAGGGCUUGAAUGCUUUUUCAGGCGUUUAAUCAAAACCCGAGUGUCCCUCCUCAAUGUUUUGAAUCACUAGCAAGUCAAUAAUGGAUGUUGCCUAUCCAAAAGUUUUGUACUACAGUAACACAUGUACAUUUUUAUUAUAAUAUACAUCAAAAUGAAAUACAAGAUCAACUUCAUUUUUUUGCUGC